AUGUCUCUCGAGAAUACCCUGGCUGUCAUCAGCCAAGCUGGCUGCAGUCUUUCCUUCUUCAAUCUUAUAACUUGUGAAUGUGUUUUGCACAUCACCAACCUCAGAGCUCAGCCACACGAGCUUGCCUACGACGCUCAGACGAAGCGCCUUUUCAUUUCCCAUACCUACAAAUAUGGCUUCUACAACAAGCACGGCGAAUACGCGCACCAUAUCAGCGUUUUCGACGUCAAGAAGAAAGCUGUGGUCCAAGUGAUCGAUCUAUCACCUUACCGUGGUCCACAUGGCGUAAAGCUCUCUCUGAAUGGAAAUAUGCUAUACGCUGCGAUUGAAGAUGGAUUCGAAGAGGAUGGUCCAGGCGGAGUCAUCGGUAUCGAUGUGUCCAAGAGCGAGUUUCCAAUUGUAAAGGCAGUGGCCGGCGCUGCUCGCUCGCAUUGGCUGGUCUUAGCCGACAACGAUAGAACGGCCUACACGACUAACAAAGAGAUCGAUUACAUAUCUGUCCUCGAUCUCGUCACGCAAAGAAUGCUCAAGAAGAUUCCUUUUCCUGGUAGUGAGGAGGGCGAUGUAUCUUCAGAUGGGCAAUUUGUCUACUUCCCAUUCCCAACGUUGAGUUUGACUUCUGUAAAGCCUGCAGACGAGUUUGGGUUCAAGGUCAUAGAUACUCGUACUAACGAGGUUACAACCACGGUGCUGACUGAUGUGCCGGUCAUGUCGGUAAAAGCUCUCUCGAGUGAUAGGGUUCUCGUGAUACACUUCGCGUCCGAGAUUGAUGCCACCUCAAGGCUUCUAGUCCCCUCUGAAAAGCAAGGUGUCAUUUUACAGCACCUUGGCCUGGAAACCUGA